AAUCCUCCCCGUUCGCCACUCCUCCGCAGACUACCUCCCUCCCUUCAUCCCUUCAUCCCUCGCUCCCUCCCCACUCUUCGCUGGAGCGCGGCCCGGCUCGGAGCUCACCUGGACCCUUUGCGAGACAUUCCCACUCGUGGACGCGCGGCGGAGAGACGGAGGGCCAUGACGUCACGGUGCCAGGUAGACGCUAAAGGGAGGUUCGGGUCGUGAGGAAGAAGAGCAGGGAGGAGGAGGAAUCUCCGCGGUCCUGGUUGUGCACCUUUCGGGCUCGGGAUGAUGCGGAUGGUGAUGAUGGAGGAGGGCUGGCUGCUGAUGCUGCUGCUGGCGCUGCUCGCCAUUGCGGGAGGCAGCCUCGGGGCCGACACGGAGGAGCGACUGGUGGAACAUCUCCUAAAUCCCGCCCACUACAACAAACUGAUCCGUCCUGCCACCAACGGCUCGGAGCUGGUAACUGUGCAACUGAUGGUGUCGCUGGCCCAACUCAUCAGUGUGCAUGAACGAGAGCAGGUGAUGACCACAAAUGUCUGGCUGACACAGGAGUGGCAGGACUAUCGCCUGACUUGGGUCCCGGAGGAGUUUGACGGCAUGAUGAAGGUCAGGCUGCCCUCCAAACACAUCUGGCUGCCCGACGUGGUGCUCUACAACAAUGCUGACGGAGUGUACGAGGUGUCCUUCUACUCCAAUGCGGUGGUCUCCUACGACGGGAGCAUCUUCUGGUUACCGCCGGCCAUCUACAAGUCGGCCUGCAAGAUUGAGGUCAAACAUUUCCCCUUCGACCAGCAGAACUGCACACUGCGUUUCCGCUCGUGGACCUAUGACCGCACCGAAAUCGAUCUGGUGCUCCGCGCUGACGUCGCCAGCAUGGACGACUUUACGCCCAGUGGCGAGUGGGAUAUCAUCGCACUGCCGGGUCGGCGGAACGAGAACCCUGCGGACCCCGCCUACGUGGACAUCACGUACGACUUCAUCAUCCGCCGCAAGCCGCUUUUUUACACCAUCAACCUCAUCAUCCCCUGCGUGCUCAUCACCUCCUUGGCCAUCCUGGUCUUCUACCUGCCAUCUGACUGUGGCGAGAAGAUGACGCUGUGUAUCUCCGUGCUUCUGGCACUCACUGUCUUCCUGCUGCUUAUCUCCAAGAUCGUCCCGCCCACCUCCCUUGACGUCCCCCUGGUGGGGAAGUAUCUGAUGUUCACCAUGGUACUGGUCACCUUCUCCAUCGUCACCAGCGUGUGCGUGCUCAACGUGCACCACCGUUCACCCACCACACACACCAUGCCUCCUUGGGUCAAGGUGGUCUUCCUCAACAAGUUGCCCGCCUUGCUCUUCAUGCGCCAGCCCAGGAACAGCUGCGAGCGACAGCGGCUGCGCCAACGGCGGAGAGCCCAGGAGCAGAAGGAGGGUGGGCGCGGAGGGGAGGCAGGGGCCCUCAUGGUGGGGCUCGGGUUGGGUGGUGGCAACAGCGGUGGUGGUGGAACCUCAGGGGGGACCACAACAACAGGAGUGUUCAACAAAGAGGACAGUGACCCUUGUACCUGCUAUGUGAACAGAGCGUCUGUCAAACAAUUUGGAGGCGAUCUGGGUGCAGGUGGGGGGUCCAUGGAUGGUCUGAACAGGGUGAGAGAGAGUCGAGAGGGCGGCUCUGGGAACCUGCAACGAGGGAAGCAAGCCGCAGGAGGUCAGGCUCUCACUCAGGCCAUCCUGGCUCAAGCCUGCCCGGGCUUUGAGGAGGCUGUGGAAGGAGUGCGCUUCAUCGCCAACCACAUGAAAAGUGAAGAUGAUGACCAGAGCGUGAGCGAGGACUGGAAGUAUGUCGCCAUGGUGAUCGACCGCCUCUUCCUUUGGAUCUUUGUGUUCGUGUGCGUGUUCGGCACGAUGGGCAUGUUCCUGCAGCCGCUCUUCCAGAAUUACACAGCCAAGAGCAUCCACAUGCCGGGCUGAGCGGCGUCUCACUGCACACACACACACACACACACACACAUACAUACACACGCACAUACACACAUGACGAGCACGCUGAUGGGACAGCGCCCUGACCCGCCCCUCCACCCCUUGAGUCAGAGGUGUAAGGGGGCUUUUUUUGGAUCUAUGGGACUGGAAGGGAACAGCAAGUGAGCCCCGUUUCUAGGAACUUUUUUCGCAGCUUGUUUUUGUCUCGUAAGAGGAAUGGAGGUUGUACUCUUAACCUUAGCGGGCUGACCCUCCCUGCUCGCUCCUCCCGCCCCGCCUCCCCAGACCGCCGUCAGUAAGGAGAGAGGUUGAAAUCAUAAGACUUCCGUUCUGUUUUGGAAUGACUCCCCCAUGAAGUGACUAGCAAAUACUGUAUUUAAGAAGAAGCUCAAGCCAGAUUGAAUGUGAGAGAGAAAUCAAGACAAGACGAGAAGAUCAGAACCUUCCAACAUGAGAAUCAGACCUCCUGAUGAUGAUCAUUGUUAUGAUGAUGAAUGGACCUGCAUUACUCCCAAGAGGAGUUAGAUGUACAUGGAAUCACAUGAGAAUGAGCUUCUAUGUGUAAAGAAAUAAUGUAGGUCCACUGAUGUUUUAUUUCCCAUCGUUGCUGAUCUCAAUGUCCUCUUGCCCUCUUUCCUUACUACCUUCACUUGCAUGGUUUUUCUCCUCUCUUUUUCCUUUCCUGGUCUCUUCUUUGUCUUUCUACUUUCUACCAUGACUAUUGUUUCCUUUCUCGCCUCUCUUUUCCUCCUCGUACUUUUCUUGCAGUGCCUCUUUUCCUUAUUUUGCUUCCCUUGUCUCCUUCUUUCGACAGUUCCUUCCCCCGUUUUCCUCAUUUUCCUUAUCUUGCCAUGUUGCUCUUUUCCUCGCCUUUGUAGCCUCGACACCGUUUUCCUCCUUUUCCUUUCCUUUCCUUUUCUUGCCUUCUUCCCUCAUUUUUCUUUUCCUUGCCUCCCUCUUCCUGCUUUCCUUAUCUUGCCAUGUUCUAUUCCUCGCCUUCCUUUCCUUUCCUCAUCGCUUUCUUUGCCUGUUUUCCUUGUUUUCCUUUCAGUUCCCUGCCUGAUUUCCUCGUUUUCUUUUCCUUCCCUCCCUUUUCCUCUUUUCUUUCCGUUCUCAUUAUCUUGCCAUUUUCUUUUCCUCAACUUCCUUUCCUUUUCUUGCCUGUUUUCUUGUCUUUUUCCUGCCGGUUUUCCUCGUUUUCUUUUCCUUGCUUCCUUCUUUUCUUACUGCCCUUCCUUGUUUCCCUUAUCUUGCCAUGUUGCUCUUUUUGUCGCUUUCCUUUCCUUUCCUUGCAUGUUUUCCUAAGUUUCUUGUCUUUUUCCUGCUGCCUAAAUUUCCUUGUUUUCUUUUCCUUGCCUCCCUUUUCCUCCUUUCCUUUCUUGUUUUCUUUAUCUUGCCAUGUACUUUUCCUCACCUUCCUUUCCUUUUCUUUUUCUUGUCUGUUUUCCUCAUUUUCUUUUCCUUGCCUCCCUUUUUUUUACGCCCCUUCCUUGUUUUCCUUAUCUUGCCAUGUUGUUCUUUUUCUCGCUUUCCUUUCCUUUUCUUGCAUGUUCUCCUAAUUUUCCUGUCUGUUUCCUGCCUGAUUUUCGCGUUUUCUUUUCCUCCUUUCCUUUCUUGUUUUCCUUAUCUUGCCAUGUUGCUCUUUUCCUCGCCUUCCUUUCCUGUCCUCGAUGCUGUUUUCCUGUUCUUGCCUGUUUUCCGCUCUUCCUUCCCUUUCGUCUCUUUGUCUUCUUUUUCUGUUUUCUCCUCACCUUUCCUUUUCCUUUGUAUCUUCUCCUCUUUUUCGUUUCAUUGACUCGUCUUGCCUUUUUUGUUUUUCUCCAACUUUCCUUGCCACUCUUCAUUUUUUUAAUAUCUUGCUGUCUCUUUUUCUCACCACAUUCCUGCCUUAUCACUUCCUGGUCCCCUGUACGUGCGAGUGUGUGUAUGCAUACCCAUAUUCCAAUACAUCAUCCAUCCAUCCAGACAAUACACUCCCACUUCCUCUAUUCAUCAUCUUUCAUAUCCUCUUUCCAAUCCUCUCCUCUUUUAUUGGCUUUUCAAAGAAAACACAUGUCGUCGGGGCAAUGCCUGUUACAGAUCCACUCUGCUCACACGUCCUGCGGCAGACGAGCUAAAGGCUUUUUUCGGGCACACGCUACAGCGGGGGAGCGCAGCUGAAUGAAUUUUUCAAUAAAGAGAGAGAAAUGACACGAGGAUGGACUGUGGCGUAUGAGUCACAAAGUGCAGCAGGAAAGAGGAUGCAUAGUGUCUGGUGGUGGGGGAGGGGGAUACAUGACACUAAAUUAUAUACGUUACAUACUCUGAAUCAUGUGGGCCCCGAGCAAGAGCGCAAGUCAGCUGAUGCUUAUUUUUACACUCACAUGAACUCUGGAGGAUCUGACAAUUUCGAGACCGUCCCUAAAGCGACGGAGACGACACGGACACGAAAACUCAAGUGUCUCUUUGACUUCUGAUCCAUCCACUCUGUUUCCUUUUCUGGUCACUGAUACAGCCAACCAUGACACCCUCCCUGCCUUUCACCUUCCCAAAUCUGCUCCUGCACCCCCCCAACACUCAUCCUGCCCAACUGUGGCAGGCCAAUAAAAGGUUGUAGGUUCAGACUA